AUGCCUGGGCAAACAGCUCAUGCUGCUUAUUUGCCAUCUCACAGUAGUCAUGCGUGCUGUUGCUGCACAAUCUUCUCAUAUGCAGUUUCUGGGCAUGUACCAUCCCCCACCACAACCAAUUGCAAUGGCCAGUCAUCAUCAUAUGGGAGUACCAAUGAUGGUAAUGUUGGGGAUGGUGUGGCGGAAGCAGCUUCUGAAAUAUUUUGGUCAAAUGAUGUACCCGGUAAAGAGAAAUUAAAUGACUACUCAAAAGAUCAUGUAACUCAAGUUCAUCCCAGAGGGCAGAUUGAUAAGGAAGUGUUCAGGCUCCAUGGUUGUACUUCCAGAGGCAACAUAUCAAGAAGCAACAGUAGCAGACAGAAGGUAAUCUGCUGA